AUGACACCAACACUUCUGGAACAACUACUUCGAUGGAUGAGGAUGGAGGAAAUGAUUUGUCACAUGCACGAUAUUCAUUACGGAAAGCCGGCAACUAAAUGUGGAUGGAGUAGAUGCCAUCACAAAUGGUUCAACGAUUUUUUUACUUUUGCUUUACACUGUUGUCAUCACACUGAGGAACGUCCUUUCAUGUGUCAGGUAGAAGGCUGCAAUAAAUCAUACAAUACCGAGAAGAAGUUGAUAGUUCACACAAGAAACCAUACCGGCGAAAGACCAUUUCAGUGUCCAAUUGGAGAAUGCGAGAAGCGUUUUUUGAGAUUCGAGGAUAUAGAGAAACACAAAAAGAAUUGCCAUUUGAUAAAGAGCUACGUUUGUUAUCAAUGUUCAAAGGAAUACACUAAUCCAACAUGGUUGAGAAAACACAUUGCCAGCGUUCACGGAGUAAAGGAUUGUGAGAACAGAGAUGGCGAACUUUUGAACAAGGAUAGAACAGUGGUAAUGACUUCAAAAGAAGAAUUGAUACCGCCAAUUGUUCCAAUUGUGAAUGUCGUUCCACGAGUUGUUCCAGUGAAUAUAUUGACACUACCAAUAGUACCAAGAGUUGUCCCAGUAAAAGUGCUGACACCGCCAAUUGCUCCAAUUACUCAAAUGGUACCACGAGAUGUUUCAUUGACUGCAUUGACACCACCAAUUGUCCCAGUUGCAAACUUGAUACCAAGAGUUGUUCCAGUAAAAGUAUUGACACCGCCACAUGUCCCAGUGGUAGAAAAACCUAUUUUUGUACCAGCACGCUACCCAGUAUCAUACGUGCCAUUCUCUUCAUCUGCUUUCCAAUCUCAUAUCCCAAGAACGCUCCAGUCGCACCCGUGGCACUCAACUUUCAUGAAUAUCGGGCAGAGGCAGAAUACCGUUUUCCAACUCAUUCAAACCUAA